AUCCAGAAGAAGAAGAAGAAGCAGUAGAGGAAGGACAGAGGAGGGGGCAGAGUCAUGGCGGCAGUGAAGAGGAUCAAGUUGGGGUCUCAGGGCUUCGAGGUGUCCGCUCAGGGGCUUGGCUGCAUGAGCAUGUCUGCCUUCUACGGGUCCCCGAAGCCCGAGCCCGACAUGAUCGCCCUCAUCCACCACGCCGUCAACAGCGGCAUCACCUUCCUUGACACCUCCGAUGUCUACGGCCCUCACACCAACGAGAUUCUCCUCAGCAAGGCGUUGAAGGGGAUAAGGGACAGAGUCCAAUUAGCUACCAAAUUUGGGGCUUAUUUUGAAGGCGGGAAGAUGCACAUCCGUGGAGACCCAACCUACGUGAGGGCAGCCUGCGAGGGCAGCUUGAAGCGGCUCGAUGUCGAAUGUAUUAACCUCUACUACCAGCACAGGAUCGAUACUCGAGUCCCCAUCGAAGUGACGAUUGGGGAGUUAAAGAAACUCGUUGAGGAGGGGAAAGUAAAAUACAUCGGUCUGUCCGAGGCCUCCGCUUCAACUAUCAGAAGGGCCCACGCCGUUCAUCCAAUAACUGCUGUUCAGUUGGAGUGGUCACUGUGGUCGAGAGAUGUUGAGGAAGAAAUAAUUCCCACCUGCAGGGAACUUGGGAUCGGGAUUGUCGCAUACAGUCCUCUGGGACGAGGGUUCUUCUCCGUGGGCCCAAAACUGGUUGAGAACUUGUCGAGCGAUGAUGCCAGAAAGGUCCGUAUCAUUUGCCUUAGUUUUGUGACAUGAUUUAUUAAGCAUGAGCGAAAAGAUAGUCUUACACUUCUAACGGGCCGGGAGGAAGGCAUAUCCACAAAAGCUGCCUAACGUGAAGUCCUGGUGAAGUAUUUGGUGCACCAUAAAAUAAGCUCAAAAGCUUCAGUUAAUGGUUCAAUUUGAAGAUUGGUGCAUGGCAAUAAGCAAGGACAGUGCACACUGUCUAAGUACAAUUUGAAUUGAACUUAUUAAGUUACUUGAAUUUUCUCUGC